GACGCAAUGACGCAAUGACGCGCUGACGUCAAACGGAAAUUUGCAGCAGCAAUUCUUUCUAGAAAUCUGUAGCCGUUUCUCGCUAGCCCGCCCUAGGUUGGUCCGUCUAAGUUUACCCUGGCUCAACCCAGCCGGCCGCAUUGGAAACUAAUACACACAUCUGAAAAGUGCUGAGUUGUUUGUAGUUUUUUUAUUGUAGAUCCGGGUUAUCUCGGUUUAGCCCACCAACUUAACGUUAGCCGAGUCAUAUCCGAAGCUAACGCUGUUCGGUUCUCGCUGGCAUCAUGUCGAGAAUAGACUACAGCGUGUGGGACCACAUCGAGGUGUCAGACGAUGAAGAUGACAUCCACCCCAACAUCGACACACCCAGCCUCUUCAGAUGGAGACACCAGGCACGUGUGGAGCGAAUGGAAGAUUUUGAGAAGAAAGGUGAAGACAUAAACAAGUCACUUGGCGAAUGUCGGCGCAAGCUGACCGAUGCACAGAAGAAAAUACAAGAGCUGACCAUUUCAUCCACGGAUGACGCCAAAGCGGAGCUGAACAAAGCCCAGGCCGAGGAGAAGAAACUGAAAAAAGAGGAGCGGGAUUGGGAGAAGAAGUCGGGGGAACACAACCAGGACGAGAAGAAGAUGCCGUGGAACGUCGACACGCUCAGCAAGCCGGGUUUCAGCAAGAGCGUUGUCAAUGUCAAACCUGAAUCUGAUGAAGAGACCGAAGAACAGAAGGAGAAAAAGCACAAAACCUUUGUUGAGAAAAAUGAGAAGCAGAUCAAACAUUUUGGCAUGAUGCGACGUUGGGACGACAGCCAGAAGUACCUCUCUGACAACCCGAGUCUCGUUUGUGAAGAAACCGCCAACUACCUGGUCAUCAUGUGCAUUGACCUGGAAGUGGAGGAGAAACACUCAUUGAUGGAGCAAGUGGCUCAUCAGACCAUCGUCAUGCAGUUCAUUCUAGAGUUGGCUAAAAGCCUCAAAGUGGACCCCCGCGGCUGCUUUCGGCAAUUUUUUGCGAAGAUUAAGACAGCAGAUCAGCAAUACCAGGACGCUUUCAACGACGAGCUGGAGUCUUUUAAGGAGCGGGUUCGGGGCAGGGCGAAGAUCCGCAUUGAAAAGGCCAUGAAGGAAUACGAGGAAGAGGAGCGGCAAAAGCGCCUGGGACCGGGAGGGCUCGACCCUGUUGAUGUGUACGAGUCCCUGCCAGCUGAGAUGCAGAAAUGCUUUGAUGAUAAAGACAUCCAAAUGUUACAAGAGGUUAUUAGCAAAAUGGACCCAACGGAGGCAAAGGUUCACAUGAAGCAGUGCAUAGAAUCGGGCCUCUGGGUCCCCAACUCCAAGACAGACGAUGGGGAUGAAAAAGAGGAAGAGGCUGCCGAUGAGGAGGUGAAACCGGAGCAGGAAGAAACUAAGAAGGAAUGACCAACUUUGAUCCUGUGAUUUGUUUCUGCAAAUGUACCUUCCUACUGUAUUGCACCUCCAAAAUGUGUAUGACUAGUUUACCAAUCAUGGAACAAUGAAAUAACUUCUCUAAAAUGCUAAACUGAGACUUGAGGUAUUAGUGUUCACCUAUCUGCACAACUACGUUGAAUCAGUAGCUCUUGCUUGGAAAAGAAACUGCUGCGCGUGUUUAAGGCUUGUAUUUGUUUAGACAUCAGCUGUAUUCUUCCAUGUACUUGUAUACACCUGUCAGUGUGUGUGUGUGGGGGGGGAGUGCCUGCCUGCUUCACUUGUGCUGUUGUAUGGUUAAAAAUGUUCUAUACAUUUUCAGGUUGUGCAGUUAAUUAAUUGGAUGGAAGGAUUUACCAAAUUCUUUUGUUUUUUUGUUUGUUUAGACUUUUAGGGCUUGAGAGACCAAUGUAUUCAGAUGGUUAUUUCCCCAAAGUGACAUUUUCUACAAACUUGCUUAACUAAUAGUUGAAUUAUAUCCAACUACUCAAA